UCGGUAUCUCUGUCGCACAGGCGGCGGCAGUGGCGCAGCGCGCGCCCAUUACCCGCGCAGUUUAUCUUUUUUCUUGACUGGCUCGCGGGACCGAACACGCUCUCGCGCGGGGGGGCUGAGCUCGCGCUGUAAUCUGUGGCAGCUGGAAAUGGACAGCGACAGCAGAGGAGCUCCGCAGCCGUGUCGCACAGAUAAAAUGAAACGGCCAAAGAAAAAUGAGCAGAUGGACACAAACCUUCCCACCAAGAGUAAGGAAGGACUGGACGAAGAAGAGGAGGAGGAGGAGGAGGAAGGAGGGAGGAGGGUCAGGGUUGGAUUUAGGGCCAAGCGGGAGCGUCGGCAGGCCAGCAGCAGUGCUACGAUGUGCCAGGUGUGCAAUAUAAGGCUAAACUCGAGCGCUCAGGCGCAGAUCCAUUAUAGAGGCAAGACGCAUCAGAGGAGGCUCCGCCGACUGGCAAAAGCCGUCAGUGCAGGUGCGCUGUCCCAGAACCAGGUCCAUCCACUCAUCAGUUCCCUUCCCCUCCCGGGUCGACCCCUUCAGCAGCAGACCCACGCCCAGCUGGAACACUUCCUGCCACUCAGGGUCAGCGGCUCCUCACCCCUCAGCCUCUUCCCCAACUUCAACACUAUGGACCCAGUGCAGAAAGCGGUGAUUAACCACACCUUCGGCAUGUCUCAGCCCAGGAAGAAGCCCAUCAUUUCAUGUAACAUCUGCCACCUGCGCUUCAACUCAACUACCCAGGCAGAGGCCCACUACAAAGGUCACAAGCAUGCUCGCAAGCUAAAGGCCAUGGAGACCCAGAAGAAUCGACAGAAGAACGGACACAGUCAGCCCUCUGCAGGAAAAGACAGAAACAGGAAGACCGGGAUGAUGGAGGGAGAAACGAUGCCCGUCGAGCUGAAAGACAAAACAGACCCAAACGCCUCAUCCCAACCUGCAGAGCCGCAUCCUGAAAGCAGCCAGGGGAACUUGCAAACAACCACUCCAUCUUCCACGCCUUCAUGCACAGACUCCUCCUCACCCCCCUCUGCUCACCAGACCCUUCAAGUCUCCGAUGGCUCCCAGCUUUCUGAUGUCCCUUCAGACGGCCCACAUGAAGAUGGGAGCCGCGCGGCCACUAGUUCGGCAUCAGACUCUGAUCCUCAGGGAAGCCCCAUGGCAGGAGAGGAGGAAGAGGCCACAAAGGAGAAAGAGGUCAAAGAGGCCAAAAACAACAAAAAGGAUUUCCACUGUCCAACGUGCAAAGUGACGGUCAACUCCAGCUCCCAGCUAGAGUCUCACUGUAGCGGGUCUAAGCACAAACAGAUGCUGGAUGGUCAGAGCACCAGCCUGCCACAUCGCAGGGUCAAGGUGGCGUCAACGCAAAGACCAAAGGGUCGGAUUAAACAACGAAUGGGAAGCAAGAGCAGAACGGUCGCUGGCGCAACCAAUCAAGCGUUUCACUGUGAACUGUGCCAAGUGUCUGUGAACUCAGAGACACAGCUAAAGCAGCACACAAAUAGCAGGAGACACAAAGAGCGUUUGGCUGGGAAGCCUGUCAAAGCCAAGUUUACCCCCUAUAAUAAACUCCACCCCAAUGCUGUCUUAGCGACUAAACUGGCUCUGCACAAGCAGCUGUCCAAAGCCCUGCCGGCAGGGCUCUUGACCAGCCCGUUCAAUCCAGCCGCACUGUGCAGCAUGACGUCCGGGCCCCUGGCGCUACGACUCCCUGCAGGUCCUACAGCCAUUAUCCCAGGGCCCCUCAUAAACCCCACACUCUUCAGGCCUGCUCCAGGACCUCUAAGGGCCACACAUGCCCCUAUAAUCUUCUCUCCUUACUAACAAUUAGCACAACCCGUUGGAACAUAGAGGGGAGUCGUCGGGUUUGCCAAAACUGGACCGGUGGAAAUGAUUAUCUCUGGCUGCUGUGGACAGCACGGUUCUGCCUGGGUGACAUGGAAACACUGCAGUCAGAUGGGGAACAGCGUGAUUCAUAAUUGAGGAAGGAUUCAGAGCUGACUGAGCAGUUUAUCAGCUUUAAAAGUGGAAGGCUCAGCUGUCAAUUGUUAACUGGCAGCAAACAGUUGAAAGCAUGUUCCCCUGGGUCUGGACCUCUCUGCAAGCCAUAAUGAUGUACAUCACUUAGUUUCACCACUGACAACAAUAAACUAAGACUUUGAGGAGUUUAAAUGCUUGAAGACAUGCUUUCAUUUUAGAGCUUUAUAAUUGUACUCUGGGGGCCAAAAAUCCCAGCUUUAAUUUUCAUAAGGGAAUCAAAACUUAGCAUUUCCACGUUUUAUUAUUAUCUUAUGAAAUAUGUAAAGAAUAUAAGCAACCUAAAUGAAUAAAAUUGACAACAGAAAUCUGCAGUUUUGCACUGAUGAAAAUUUUGUAUCUUCACAAAGUUGCAACUUUUUUUUCACCAUCAUCUAAUGUAAAUUUGUUUUCUUGUGAUUUAUUUUAGAUUCCACAGUGUCUUUUCCAGCCUGUCUGUGUCAAAGUCUCGUGAUCUUUGUGUCGAAAGGGGUGACAAUCAACCACCAUGCUUACGUGAAUGAAUAAGCAUCUGCUAAAUGGAAAUACAGAACAUCUAAUGUGUAAAGCAAGAUGGUUUUGAAUGAAGUUCUCGUUUUAUAUGUAGUUUGACAUAAUCAUUAAAAUUUACACUUUAGAUUAACCUGUUUACGGAAUUUAUUUUAGAAGCAGAAACAUAGAAAUACAACAUGGGACAUUAUAAUUGCAGACAUAAAAUCAGAAAAUGGAUGAGAGUGACAACUACUCCAAAAUAUGUAUUUAUGGGCCAAUUUAAAAUUGUUUGGAAAUAUGUUAAACUGAUGGAUUUAAAGUGUGAAAUUUCAUGUAAGAUAGGAAGUUGUAACCAGCUCAAUGCUGUUUGUGCAAUAUGAAUGAGUAGAUUGUGGGCUGUUCAGAGAAAUCUAAAUGAUUCAUGCUUGAAAGAGUUAUAUCUGUUGUGUUUAACGGGGGAAGGGGGGGGGGCGGAGACUGCUGAAACUCACUAAGCAAUAUUCUUUUUCUUUUUAUGUCACCUGCUAAGAUUAAAAAGAAGUGUAACUGUUUAUUUAUUGCAAUAAUGUAAAUCAUUAUGUGAUUAAAAAUGUUAAUAAUGUAUUCCACAUUAACUUAUAAAUAUCUCUUGUUUUUUCA